GUGAAACGAUGCCUCUGGAUGCCCGCCCAGGAUGACCUACCAUAAAGCAUAGAAUAAGCUCUUGCUUUAGCCACAUGGACAGACUCUAGUUGAAAAGCUUGUUAGAGCAACAUGAGCUGGAGCUUUCUUACUCGUCUCCUGGAAGAGAUCCACAACCACUCCACCUUUGUGGGGAAAGUGUGGCUGACUGUGCUCAUCAUCUUCCGCAUUGUGCUCACAGCGGUUGGAGGCGAGUCCAUCUACUCGGACGAGCAGACCAAGUUCACCUGCAACACCAAGCAGCCAGGUUGUGACAACGUAUGCUAUGAUGCCUUUGCCCCGCUCUCGCACGUCCGCUUCUGGGUCUUCCAGAUCAUCAUGAUCUCCACUCCUUCUAUUAUGUACAUGGGUUACGCCAUCCACAAGAUAGCCCGAAGUACAGAGUUGGAUCGCAGGAAGCAACUCAGGCUCCGCAAAAAGUCUUCUCCUCUUUCCAGAUGGAGAGAAAGCCACCAUCUGGAGGAUGUCUUAGAGGAGGAUGAAGAUGACGAUGCUGAGCCCAUGAUCUAUGAGGAUACACUGGAGGUGCAGGAGGCCAAGCCCGUACCAGUGAGCAGCACUAGCAAAGACCCACCAAAACAUGAUGGCCGCCGAAGAAUUAUGCAAGAAGGCCUGAUGAGAAUCUAUGUUCUUCAGCUCAUGUCGCGAGCUAUUUUUGAAAUCGCUUUCCUUGCAGGACAGUAUCUCCUCUAUGGUUUUCAAGUUAGUCCUUCAUAUGUAUGUAACAGGGUCCCCUGUCCACACCGAGUGGACUGUUUCAUCUCCAGGCCCACAGAGAAAACAAUCUUCCUCCUCAUCAUGUAUGUGGUAAGCUGUCUUUGUCUAGUGCUAAAUGUGUGUGAGAUGCUUCACUUGGGAAUUGGCACUUUUCGGGACACCCUUCGCAUGAAGAGGAACGGCCGACGGACGUCCUAUGGCUACCCGUUUUCUCGAAACAUCCCAGCCUCUCCUCCGGGGUACAACCUUGUGAUGAAGACAGACAAACCUAGCAGAAUCCCCAACAGCCUCAUCACCCACGAGCAGAACAUGGCCAAUGUGGCACAGGAGCAGCAGUGCACCAGCCCAGAUGAGAACAUCCCUUCUGAUUUGGUAAGCCUACACCGGCACCUACGGGUUGCCCAAGAACAGCUCGAUAUGGCCUUUCAAACAUAUCAAACCAAAAACAACCAGCAAACCUCCAGAACCAGCAGUCCUGUAUCUGGGGGUACAAUGGCAGAGCAAAAUCGCGUCAAUACAGUCCAGGAGAAACAAGGAGCAAGGCCGAAAUCAGCUACAGAGAAGGCGGCAACCAUUGUUAAAAAUGGAAAGACCUCUGUCUGGAUCUAG